AUGGUGUUUGCCGCUGCCGCGAAGGUGGGCGAGGUACUCGUCGUUGCGGCACUACAGGAAGGCAUUCGCACGCACACACUUGUACGUGCAGCCGGCACGAGUGAAGCGACGCCAUGCGGCUCAAUCACCCUCGCGCUGCUCAGUAACAUCUCUUCAAGGGAGACGAGCAAGAAUAGUUACAGCAGUAGUGGUGGGCGUGAUCGCCGCCGCCGCCGCCGCCCGCGCGUUCACUUUGAUCACGCGGAGACUUCGAAACGCAUAGAACGAUUACGUUUGUUUCUCUGGAAGCACCGCCGCAGUGCGCUGCACAGAUUGGACGUAAUCGCCACAUCGGUGCAUAACUUGGAUCGCUACAUGAAGACGAUCGGACCGGAACCACCCUACUGUAACCUGCGCGUGACGGUUAAUCGGUGGGAGGCGUCGGCUCCCGAGUGGGACAGCCCAACAGAAGCGUCAGCAGCAACAGCAACAGUCAUAGAUCUCGGAUCCGCGUCAAGCGGCACUGGCUUCUCAAAACGGGCCAUAGUGUAUGCCGUUGUUCAGGCAGGGCUGCAUCAUUGCGCAACGGGCAUUGUGCGCACCAGCAACACUGGUGUGGGUGAAUUUAAUCAUACCGUGACCCUCCAAGGUAUUCUACCGGAGCGAGACGAACUCGUCAUUGCUGUUGUCAGCAAAGGAUUCGCUGGGACCGAAGAUGCAGAAAUGGGUCUGGCUGUUCUCUCGCUCCGCACGCUGGCGCGGAAGACAGAGACGGUACUCACUCUCCCGCUUGUGCGUCAUGCCGGCAGUAGUGAUGCUCACUUCAAAGGACUGGUGCAGGUGAGACUCUUCGCGGUGAACUUUGGCGGGGUUCCUAUUUUGAGCAAAGGGCCCACCGCGUUCCGAGAGCGUGUGCAGCGGCUGUUGUACCGCUACGCCCCAGAGCAGCUUCACCGCACGGAGUCCCUCCUCGUAGAUUACGCAGGACGCGAAGGGGAACUCGUGCGUGAGCUGGAGCAGCAGUACGGCCCGGAUGUGAUAUCGUCGCCGAUGGAAAUACGCAUCAUCGGCAUUCGCGACUUUGCGCCCGCCAGUGGCUGCUAUGUGAAGGUGUACCUGGACGGGGAGGCGGUGCUCCGCACAUCGCAGCAUGACGGCGCCACGCACAUCACAUUUGCAGCAAACGACGUCAAGAACUCGGUGACGGUGGAGCUCUAUGACCCUCAGCACUCACGGCUACGCUUCAAGGUGGCGCAGCACCGCUAUCUGCAGUCGAUCACCAUGUCAUUUGCCGAAAUACGUCUGCGGAACAUGGUGGCGGGGACGGCGAAUGAGUGCUGGGUUCCGCUCUUCGACUCUGACGGUGGCUUGAUUGGGCGUCUAGGUGUGGUACUCAAGUCCGACGGCUUCAUCCAUCGCGAGGCGGCAGAGGUUGUGAGGGCGUGCGAAGACGUCGAAAAUGACGUUGCCUCGCUGCUCCGCAAAUACAGGCCGAGGGCGCUGCCGCUCCUUCAGCCCAUUAUGACGGAGACGAGCAACCUGGAGACUGCGCACGCGGAAAUACGGAGUCGCGUCGCCACACGCCCUGUUGCCGCCACCGUCUACGUUUGCAUCGAUUCACUCUGCAUCAACCGUCCUGACGCACGACAGCAACAGCAGAGGGAUUGGGAUGAAGGGGGGACUCAUGGCGAGCAGACGCAAACAGUGACGGUGAACUGUGACCGUGAGGAAGCUUCUAUCAUUUGGUCUGCGCCAGAAGAAAGACAGGGCGCCGUCGUUCGACUUGACAUCCCAGAUGUUGGCAGGCGCGGACACCACGAGCUCGUGAUAACCGUCAAGCGCCAGGCCGCGGCCUCGGGCUCCUUGUCUCGUUCGGGUAAGGUGAAAUCGCGCUCCACAUCGCGCAGUAGCCGUGCCACAUCUUCGCGUCACACCAUUCAUCAAACCUCCUCUCAAGCGGCUGAGUUUGGCCGUGUGGUGGUCUCCCUUCGAGCGCUGCUCACACCAAGUCUCUACGACGCUUCUGAGCGUAUAACAUUGCCACUGGUGGCAUUAAUGCAGGAAUCUCCUGUGAGAAAAACACUGCAGCAGCAGUCGAUUCUACAACAACAACCAAGUGUCGUCGAUGUGGGAUUUCCCUGCAACGACGUUAUUGGUGAAAUUACUUUAAGCGUACGCCUUCCCGUACUCGAGCAAGUUCCAUCCUGGCUACAGUUAAGUAGUGCCCAGGUGGAAAAGCAUGUGGCGGUGGAUCGUGCGUACAUCCGCUACUAUGAAGAGCAAAUCCGUCACCUUCUGGCUGAUCACGAGCCGCAUUCCCUGUUGGAUCUACACUACACGCUGUAUGAGCGUGAUGUGGCAUUUGGGAAGUGGAACCUAUCGCUGCGUGAUUGGAAACGAGCGCUGCAACGACGUUUUGGAGUAGUCAACGCUUUACCAGAUUCUCCACCGUCUUGUGCCGCGCACGCGAUAAAAGUCGGCAGUGGUGGUGCCAAGGUGAAUGCUGCUGAAGUGGAUAGUUAUGAGGAACAGUCAAUGUGUGAAAAGUAA